AUGGAGCUAAGAAACUACACCAGGAUCAAAGAAUUUCUUUUCCUUGGCCUAACCCAGAAUGGAGAACUAAGUUCGGUCCUGUUUCUCUUCCUGCUGCUGGUGUACCUCGUGACCCUGCUGGGAAACGUCCUCAUCUUGAUCACCGUGAGCUGCGAAUCUCGCCUCCACACGCCCAUGUAUUUUUUGCUCCGUAAUUUAUCCAUCGCCGACAUCUGCUUCUCCACCGUCACCACUCCCAAGGCUCUGGUAGACCUUCUGUCCCAGAGAAAGACCAUCUCCUUCGACGGCUGCUUCACCCAGAUGUUCUUCUUCCACCUCAUUGGCGGGGUGGAUGUGAUCUCCUUGUCGGUGAUGGCAUUAGACCGCUACGUGGCCAUCGCCAAGCCCCUGCACUAUGUCACCAUCAUGAGCCGGGACCGGUGCCUGGGGCUGAUCGCUGGGUCCUGGCUGGGGGGCUUCACCCACUCCAUCGUACAGAUUUCCCUUCUGCUGCGCACCCCCUUCUGUGGCCCCAACGUUCUGGACACUUUCUACUGUGACGUGCCACAGGUCCUGAAGCUGGCCUGCACGGACAUCUUUGUCAUCGAGCUCCUCAUGAUUUCCAACAAUGGCCUGCUCACGACGCUCUGGUUCCUCCUCCUCCUGGCGUCCUACGCGGUCAUCCUGGCCUUACUGAGGUCGCAGGCCGGGGAGGGCAGGAGGAAAGCCGUCUCCACCUGCACCGCCCACAUCACGGUGGUCACCCUGCACUUCGUGCCCUGCAUCUAUGUCUAUGCGCGGCCCUUUGCUGCCCUCCCCUCUGACAAGGUCAUCUCCGUCACCUACACGGUCAUCUCCCCGCUGCUGAACCCUGUGAUCUACACCCUGAGGAACCAGGAGAUGAAGUCAGCCAUGAGGCGGCUCUGGAAGGCACUCAGACCUUCUGAGGGGGGAUAG